CCCUUCUUCCCCCCCUUCUCUGUCUUACAUUUCACAACUCAAACAUCCUAUCAUAUCCUUAUCCUUACCUUACCUCCCUUGUCUCUUUCACUACAUCCAUAUCAUCUCAUACAACCACACUCAUUUCACACUUGACACUUGACACUUGCUACUUGUCACUUGACAUUUGGUACUUGACAUCCGCUUGGAUCUCUUUUCGCUUGACGCUUUGUUACUUUUAAUCAUUUUCUUCACCUAACACUUUUCACUCCUUCUUUCGAUAUCUCUCACAAUCAUUACCUUGAAUUCAGGUGAAGAUCGAUAUCGAUCUACUCCACUCAAAAUGUUCACGAUAACAACUAUCCUUUCACUCCUCUUCUUACCCCUUCUCACCAUCGCAGACCCUACCCCAACCUCACCAGAUUCAACUACGGUAGUGAUGGAAGGUCAAAAUAUCACGGCUCUUUGGACGUCGGAUAUGACUGGGGAAUGGACGAAUAUGACUAUUACUUUGAUGACUGGUUGGAAUAUCGGUAUGAUCCCACUUCUCGACCUUGGAAAGAACAUCGAUGCCACAACCACCACGUCGUUCUCCGCUCUUGCACCCCAAGUGUCGCCUCACUCCGGGAUUUAUUUCUUGCAGUUUACCAAUGCUGCUAAUGUCACUGCGGCGACUUUCUGGACCACCCGUUUUACUAUCGUCGGUGCAGAUGGUCAAUCAACCCCACCAACCAACUCGACCGACUUCAACGGCGGGACAGUCGAGUGGGGUACCGGAGUGCUUGUCGACGCCACCAACACGACCAACGACAACACGACCGUACCAUCUACUACUCCCUCUGCGGUCCCAUCCUCAUCGCCUUCUCCCUCUCCCUUUGGAGGUCUCACCGCUUACAACACGGACCUCCCCAUUUCAUCCGCCACAGGAAGUACCACCGACUCUCCCCCCGUCCCAUCGGCCAGCUCUGCCGCUUUGGCUGGUGUUCGAGUUGAAGCAGGUGGGGUGGUUGGUAUGCUAGCGCUGGCGCUGGCUUUAGUGGUUUGAACUUGAACAUUUAUUAUGACUCGGUAAUUCAGAACAUACGAGAUUGUCAGUUGAUGUCAUGUGCCACAUUUGCAUUGUGCGUGUUCUUCCGUCGUUUUCCCACCCGACAUGCAACGACUCAUGCCAGCUUGCCAGUUCGCGGAUGGAAGUAUAUUUCAAGCAAGCUAUGUAGCUGUGAUG